AUGUCCGAGUUGGAGAAGACGAAGCAUCACGAGGUUGCAGUGAAGUUCUUAGACAGAAUGCUUGACGUCUUCGCCCGUACUUCGGCUCGCCCGAUGAAAGCUGCCAUCGACCCUGGUGUCUUGGAUAGGUGGGAGGCCGUUUUGGAUGCGACAGAUUCGCACAAUGUGGCCUUUGCGACGGCGGACGGACGUGUAACCGCCCACGACCACAUGCUGGAAGCGUCCUCACCUGUGCUAAAGGCAAUGUUGAGUUCCUCCAUGCGGGAAGGUUCAACUCGCAAGAUUGACAUUCGUGACUCCUCGGGUGCUGGGCUGUCCCUUUUCCUGGAGAUUCUCUACACAAGCUCGACGCGCUCCAACAUUCUGUGGCCAGAUGUGAAUGUCGCACUGGAUUUGGCACAUCGAUGGCAGGUGCCAGAUGUGGUUCGGGUCCUUUCGGACCUGCUGCAGGACAUACACGGUCUGAACAAUCUACUUGGUCGUUCAUUUUGUAUUCAUUUUGUAGUGCCCAUGAUUUCAAGCACGGUUUGGGACGACUCUUGGGGUCACAAGCGUGGGGCCAAGAAAAGCUGCGUGCAGGACAUGCUCACUGCAGACAACUUGGUGGGGACUGCCGAGGCCGCAGUGCUGAAGGGCUUGGGACCCCUCCAGAAGUCCUGCGUGUCCUUCUGGUCAGCUCUCAGUGAUGCGGCGAAAUCUAAAGUGAAGGCAGAUGGGAAGAUGCCCAAGUCCGUAAAGAUACUUUUUGGAUUGCUGGAGGCUGGAUCCCCAGACCAAGCGCAGAAGAAGCGCCGGACAUUCUGA